AGCGGCGGCGCUUGCGUACAACGUAGCCUGCAGGGGAGAUUUUUUUUUUUUUUUUUUUUAAAGAAAAGAAAAGACUACAAACUCCGCAUGAGCCUUGCGUCUCCCGCAGACGCCCGCAGUUAAAGAGAGAAAAGGAAUCCCGGAGGGAAGGAUAAACUCCUGCCCUCCUCGGUCUAAUCUGUGGUCACAGGGGCGUGGUUGUUGGUGAUCUUGCGCCUGUCACUUGGGUCUCGCUCCGAGGACCCUUAGGAGCACCGGGCUCCAGCGCAGCUAUGAACUUGGAGCGGGUGUCCAAUGAGGAGAAGCUGAACCUGUGCCGGAAGUACUAUCUCGGUGGAUUUGCGUUCCUGCCUUUUCUUUGGUUGGUCAACAUUUUCUGGUUCUUCAGAGAGGCCUUCUUCGCCCCAGCCUACACGGAGCAGAGCCAAAUCAAAGGCUAUGUUUGGCGGUCAGCUGUGGGCCUCCUCUUCUGGGUAAUUGUCCUCACCACCUGGGUCACCAUCUUCCAGAUCUACCGGCCCCGCUGGGGUGCUCUUGGGGACUACCUCUCCUUCACCAUUCCCCUGGGCACUCCCUGACAGCUUCCCAAGCUGGGGAUGCGUUCUUUCUGCCAGGAUGGGCUUCUCGGCCCUUAAGUUUUUUUUUUUCCCUCAAACCCUGAAGACUGUCCGGCCCCCGUUUUCCAUCUGCCCCAAUAAAUGACCCUAACUUUAAA